AUUAAAUGAACUAUUGUCUUCAUUUUCCACAAGCAGAUCCUUGGAGUCAACGGCUCAACGCUUCCCUUCCCCUUCACCAUGUUCAGAUCCAUGGAAGUCUAGCUUUCAAUAGCAUUCAUUCAUGGAUCCUCUUGAAGCCCAAGCACUCAUCUCCAGACCAACAAACCCUGCCAAACACAACCAUCCAUGUCAGUCUCCUACAAACAAAAAAAACCUCGAUCCUUUAUCAUUGCUUCUCCAACCAUUUCAAUGGCUUCAUAUGCUCUCAAGUCACCUGAACCCAAGCUUUGUAAUCGGAGUCGCCCUCGUUUACGGCCUCGGCCAGGGCUUCUCUGGAUCACUCUUCAAGGUAGUGACUGAUUACUACUGGAAAGAUGUCCAGAAAGUCCAGCCUUCUGAAGUUCAACUCUACAUGGGCUUUUACUACAUUCCUUGGGUCAUGAAACCAGUAUGGGGUCUCUUGACUGAUGUUUUUCCGGUGAGAGGGUACCGGAGGAAGCCUUACUUUGUCAUGGCGGGGGUUCUUGGAGGAGUUUCUGCAUUGAUGGUUGCUCUGCUUGGGGAUUUGCCAGUUGUGGUGGCUUUGAUUUGCUUGAUUGGGUUGACUGCUGGAAUGGCGAUUGCAGAUGUUGCGAUUGAUGCGUGUAUUGCUACGAAUAGUAUUGAGUGCAGAGAAUUGGCUCCGGAUAUGCAGAGUCUGUGCUGGUUUUGCUCUUCUGCUGGAGCUUUGGUUGGGUACUCCACUAGUGGGGUCUUGGUUCAUCACCUUGGAGCUCAGGCAGCACUCGGUAUCUUGGCAGUCCCACCAGCGUCGUUGAUAGUUCUGGGUUUUCUGAUCCAUGAAUCGAAACCUUCGAGUACUCUUCAUCCUCAGAAGAAGAAGAAAAAAGAGCCAUUGGAGGGCUUAGGAGUAGCAGUGACAAGCAUGUGUAAAUCAAUCAAGUGCCCUCAAGUAUGGAAACCAUCACUUUACAUGUUCCUCUCUUUGGCUCUCAGUAUAAGCACUCAUGAAGGCCAGUUUUACUGGUACACAGACCCUAAAGCAGGUCCUGCAUUCUCACAGGAAUUUGUUGGGAUCAUAUAUGCCAUUGGUGCAAUGGCUUCAAUGGUAGGACUUGUGAUUUAUCACAAGACCUUGAAAGACUAUCCAUUCAGGCACAUAAUGUUCUUUGCACAACUCCUGUAUGGCGUAUCCGGAAUGCUUGAUCUCAUCUUUGUCUUGCGCUGGAACUUAGCGCUCGGAAUACCAGAUUACUUCUUCAUUGUUGCAGAAGAAUGUGUACUGAAAAUCAUAACCAGAAUCAGGUGGAUGCCGAUGAUGCUUCUCAGCACUCGACUUUGUCCUUCAGGAAUCGAAGGCACGUUUUUCGCUCUUCUGACGUGCAUAGAUAGUCUUGCUUCGUUGUCGUCGAAAUGGGGUGGAGGGAUUGUUAUGCAUUUGUUGAAUGUCAGUAGGACUGAUUUUAGAAAUCUAUGGUUGGCCAUUUUGAUACGAAACGUUAUGAGAUUUAGUGCUUUGGGAUUCAUCUUUCUUGUCCCCAAAGCUACUUAUUCAGAGGAUUUGAUCCCCUUGGAUAUUUUGAAGAAUAAUUCAGCAGCAAAUGUAGAUGAUGUGGAGGAUGGAGAUGAGGAGAUGCUGCAACGUGUUUUAAAGAAUGCAGUCUAGUUUCAUAUUCUUUUCAUGUAUCAAAAAAAAUUUAUACUGAAUUUGGUCUUAGCAUAUUUUUAUUAUUUUUCACCA